AUGUCUUCUUCAGAUAUGAUAGAAGGUUACACCCAUAUAAUGGAUUUGUGUGCUCAUUUUGAAGCAUUAAAGGACGUCGAGAAGACAUUCAAAAUGAUUGUUUCAAAGCUGGAUUGCCUCAAGAAAAGAGGAGUAAGGCCCAGAUGCCAGAAAUGUAAAGCAACGCUAAGCCUGCGUGUAUGUAUGCAAUGUUAUUGUUUUCUGUGCAGCAUAGACGAGAGGCUACAUGAGCACACUAUGUUUCUUGAUUUAUUUUAUGACCUUAUCUCUUGUAUUUCAUGUACCAAAAGAUAUCUUCCAAGCAAUAUCGUAAACAGAUCUGGAAGUACAGUUUUAGUUAAAGUCCCUGGGCCACUGUACGAAAUCCUUCCAUAUGUCCCUAUUAAAGGGUUUUCUAAUCUUGGAAAUACAUGCUACAUCAAUGCGAUUCUUAGUAUAAUGGUCAAUCUGAGCCCAAUAAGAGACGAACUUCUAUUGAGUACUCGUAUAAGGGCAAGAUGCAGUGGAAGUCGAUGCAUUAUAUGUGCCAUGAAGUCUUUAAUUGAUUCUUCUUAUGGAUCUGGGUGUGUACUUACACACAAAUUUAUACAUACAUUUUGGUUACUGGCUCCUCAUCUUGCAAGUCCUAGGCAACAAGAUGCACAUGAAUUCUUUAUAUGCUUACUUCAGAAGAUUCAUGAAGCAUACAGCCCAAGUACCAUAGAUGAUCUGGUAUGCAGAUGCCUGUCGCAUCGAAUAUUCUUCGGCACGUUUUCCUCGACGACAAAUUGCAGAAGGUGUAACCUUGGAAGAGCAAAAGAGGAAGCAUUUGCAACGAUUUCUUUAGAAUGCCUCCCCUCUAUUCAAUCAUCCCUAGACAUCUUUUUUGAACCUGAGGAUUUGAAGUGCGAGAUGGCCUGCAACACGUGUAAGACAAAAACAUUGUGCACCAGGAGGCUAGAAGUCAAAAAGCAUCCAAGAAUUCUGUCCCUCCACAUGAAAAGAUUUUCUUAUGACAAGGUACCCAGAAAAAUAGACUCUCAUGUAGCUUUGUCAAGCACACUGACAAUAGGCAAAAGAGUCUAUGAUAUUUUAGGAUUUGUGAGUCAUUAUGGAUCCAUUAAUUGUGGACAUUAUCUUUCAUACAUUAUCCUUGGAGGCAAAUGGCAUAAGAUAGACGACGAGAAGGUAGAUAUCGUUCCACAUCGAGAACUCUCUACAGAUGGUUUAUAUACAGCUUACUAUCUCAGAAGAGGAGAAUAG